GAUAACCCGAAGCACAAAUAAGAGUCACCCUGCUUUCUGUGUGAAUUUCUGUACGGGGACCUGCUAAGUGCAUUCGGAGUUACUGAUUGCCUAAUUUUAUUCAACCGAACUAGAUUCUGGUAACUUUUGGGUGACCCCGGGGAGACAAAGCCAAGACACAUCUAUUGUACAUCAUAUUCCCCUUCUGUUUGAUGGCUUUUCUUUGGGCGUGGAGUCUUUCUCCCAGUUCUCCCUCUGCACGUUUUCCUCAAUGUCUUGAUGCCAUCCCUACCCCUUGCCUCAACCCCUCUAGCACACAGCUAUAUAUUCUUGCUGGAUGUUUUAUUUACCAGUGUAAGGUGAAGGGCCGGGGAAUGAUUUCUGGGGGAUUAGUGGAAAGGGCAUGGAAGGUUAGAAAAGUCAGUUUCAAACAAAAGCUCGGAUUACCUGAGGGGCAAAAGAGAUGAGGGUCGGAGUGAUGAAUCGUCCUACCACAUUAACAUCUGGCUGGGAAGACCAAAUGCAUAGAGUGGAGUCACUUGAUUACACGUAUAUUAUUUAGUUAAAUUUGUGAAAAUUAUGAGAUGCUCACAAAUCCGGUGAUAAACUCCCUCCCUCGCCAUUGGCUGGGGCGGUCACAUGGCCCCCUAACUUUAUUCAGUUGACAGCAAGUAGGAGGGCCCUAUGGAAGGAGAAAAAAAGACAACACGAGAAAAAUUAGUAUUUUCUACCUUCAGAAAUUAAUGGCCAUGAGUUCGUAUAUGGUGAACUCUAAGUAUGUGGACCCCAAAUUUCCUCCUUGUGAGGAAUAUUUGCAGAAUAGCUACCUAGCCGAGCAGAGCUCAGACUAUUAUAGUGGCUCUCAGGGUUCGGAUUUCCAGCAUCAGGGAGUCUACCCACGGUCAAACUACAGCGAGCAGCCCUUCAGCUGUAGCAAUGCCCAAGGCUCUACGGUGCCUCCGCGGGGUCACGGACAGGAGCCAUCGGGCCCGGCGAGCCACUACCCUGGCCAAGGGGAGCAUUGUCCCCCGCCUCCAAUUCCCAGUUCCCGGGCCUGCAGCCAGCCGGCCAGCCUCAAGCAACCUCCCAACGGGACGGCCCUCAAACAGCCUGCUGUGGUGUACCCCUGGAUGAAGAAAGUACAUGUGAAUUCCGUGAACCCUAAUUACACCGGAGGGGAGCCCAAGCGGUCCAGAACAGCCUACACAAGGCAGCAAGUCCUAGAACUGGAAAAGGAAUUCCAUUUUAACAGGUAUCUGACGAGGCGUCGUCGGAUCGAAAUAGCUCAUACUCUCUGUCUCUCUGAACGCCAGAUCAAGAUCUGGUUUCAGAACCGUAGGAUGAAGUGGAAAAAAGACCACAAGCUGCCCAACACUAAGGGCAGGUCUUCCUCAGCUGCUUCGAACCAGCAUUUACAGCCUGUGUCCAAGGACCAUCACACUGACUUGACGACUUUAUAGAGGAGGUGAAAUCUCCCCCCCCCCAUCCCAUCCAAUCUCUCCAAUCUCUCCCAUCCCUCCCCCCAAUUUCAUCCUUUGCUUCUGAACUGUGCUGUGUGUAGAACUGACAUGAUCCGAACGCAACCUGCAUGGAGCAGGCAAAGCCUCCCCAGGCUGUCAGCUUGCUUUAAGGUGCUGUGCUGUACAAAGCGGACUCGCUGAGGGUACUUCAGACUUUCUUGGCAUUCUUCAUACUAGCACAACUCCCAAACUCUCCAGGCAGGAAGUGGAAAGUUUAGGGAAAAUUAUAGAGAGAGAUAUAUAAUUAUAUAUGUGUGUAUGCAUAUAUAAUUAUAUAUCGAAGGAGCUACUGAGUCUAUAAAAAUCUGACGAAUCAUUAAACACAAAUGGAAAUUGCAUCUUUUGGGUUUUCAAUUUUAAAGUGAAGGUUUGAUUCUAUGCCAGUAUCAGUCUUGAUGUUCUGUCAACCCUCAUCCCCCACCUUAUGUAGUUUCGGGCUUAUGGAAUGUAGGAGAGUUCAGGGCAGAAAGCUUUUAGCUGGUUACAGGAUAUGUGAACUUUCUGGGUCUUCUAUCUUGUGGCUGAUUGUAAUUUAAAGUCCCUGCUCAUGUUCAGAAACCCCCAAAGAAAUACCUAGGAAAGAAGUGGAAACGGGUUAUUUUAUUUUCAGAUUGUGUUUACAUAUUUAUUUAUUUGUCGAUUAGAGGAGUACACACACAUUAAAAUGCGUUAAGCCAAAAAUCCUAAGCAGGGGGGCUGAAGCUCAAGGCUCCUUCUUAUGGAAAAUCAUAGAGAAUAUGUACGGCUUAGAUUUUUCACUUUGCCAGGCAUUUAGGACUCUCUUCCUCUUCCCCAGCCCACCUCCAGUAUGGGAGAAAUGCCCUAACCCUUUUAUAAAGAGAGAGAGAAAAAAAAAAAACAUAUCUACUCAAAGUCAUUUUCUUUAAAAUGUGUUUAGACUGCACAACUGGUUCUUCGCUCUGCUCACAACCGCUUCUGUGGGAUUUUUAAAAAGGGAACAAAUGGUCAAACAUUUUCAUUGUGGGGAAACCAAACAAAACAGCCCCAGUCUUUGGUGCCAUUUUAGAGAUCCUCUUACCUUCCAACUCGAUUUCCAACGCACAAUUCACC